GGAUAUCUCGUAUGAAUUGAGCAUCACCCAUCGUCAUCCAUACCCAUUACCCAAACCUCCCAUGAAUAAUAAUUAUGAAUUGAAACUUGAAACUCAACAGCGCUACCACUAUUAUCCUUCGCUUCUCUAAUUUUGAUUACAACCCGCCACUGUUUCUCUCAAGAUCCCUCAUAAUCCGUUGGAAAAGUUUCAAACUUUUGAGCUUUGAAGCUGGGGUUUUCUCGUUCCGCUUGUUGGGUCGUCUUCGAGAUAUGCGCGGAGCUGGCGGCGACGGCGGCGGUGGUGGUGGUGUCGCUGUCAGAGGUGGCAACAUCUACUGGGGAAGGAAAGGGGGCACUGAUUUCAGAGGAAUCGUUGUGAUCUUUGCUUGGGUUUCUGUUCCACACAACUUGCUUCGGGAAUUCGUUGAUUUGUACUCUUCUUUGGGAUGGAAUUCCCUUGUUUGUUAUGCUCAUUAUCUUUCUGCAUUCCAUGAUGAAAAUGCCAUGUCACUGGCAUUUAGUGUUCUUGAGGAGCUUAUUGAGGAACUGCGGAUUAAGCCAUGUCCUGUUGUAUUUGCUGCGUUUUCUGCUGGGUCAAAAGCCUGUCUGUACAAGGUAUUUCAGCUUAUUGAAGGAGGAUGUGAAGCUCGAAUCCACAUGCAUAACUAUCAGUUGCUUAAGAGAUGUGUUUCCGGGCACAUCUACGAUUCUGGCCCGCUAGAUGUUACGAGUGAUUUCGGCUUCCGCUUCUCUCUACACCCUUCCAUUGCAAAAGUGCCCGGACCAUCAAAGCUUGCUACCUGGGUAGCGAAAUCUGUUGUUUCUGGUUUAGAUGCUCUAUAUAUAACUAGGUUGGAAGUCCUAGCAUCUGAACAUUGGCAAGCUUUAUAUUCUUCUGUGAAUUUUGGUGCCCCGUUUCUCGUUGUAUGUUCUGAGAAUGAUGACCAUGUGCGGUACCAAAGCAUCUACGACUUUGCCCAACGGCUGUGCAAUCUUGGUGGAGAUGUCAACCUUUUAAAUUUGAGUGGCUCAUCUCACGUAGGACACUACAAGCAGCAUCCGAUCCAAUAUAGGGCUGCUGUGAGCAAUUUAUUUGAGAAGGCUGCUUCAAUAUAUUCGCAAAAACUGAUCCUCGAACGAGAAAGAACUCAUAUGGAAGGUGCACAAGAUGAGAUAUCCGAGUUAAUCUGUGACCUUCAGAAGGUGGCUAUCAAUUCAAAUAAGAGCCUUAGAAGAGUCGCAGUUGGGCCAAGCGACCAUUUCUUUAUGCCUAGUGCUGCCGGACAUUACAAUGAUAGGGACUCUGGGACUGUGCAAGACGAACAGAAAGAAAAACCUGUUUUUCUGCCCAGCUCUCCAAGCAUCAGUGCUCAUAGUGUCCUUGGUCAAUUUCUUUUUGAUGUUUGCGUUCCGAAGAAUGUCGAAGGUUGGGAUGUUAAAUUUUCCGGAACUCCAAACGGAAGGUUGUGUUCUUCAGCUCCUAGGCAUUCACCUUUCAGUGGUAUUAAACGCAUCCGUCGCUCAAGGUUAUGAAGUUGUUUCUUGCGUCCGAUUGAGGAAAUACUGUUAUAUAAGCUUGACUGAACCAUCACCAAUUUUCCUAGACAUAAUUAGAAGAUAUUAUGGAUUUUCGCUACGACAAAUGGAUCAUGCAUUUUAAGGGACAAUGGAAAUUUAAUGGUUGAAAUGGCUUUGACUAUUAAUUCCUGGUUACCCUUAGAAACAGAAGGGUGUGUAACCUUGAAAGAAGAGGUUUUGAUGGUUCAAAUAGUUUGACUCACAAGGUAAUUUCAUGGGGGUAAUCUCAAACUGUAAUGUGGCAUUUGUAGUUUGAGUUCAAGUUGGUUCCCUAUGAUGAAAAUAUCUGUACAUAACUACAUAUUAUUAUUAUUAUUAUUAUUAUUAUUAUUUAUGUAAUAUAUAGUUUUGAGGGAAUAUAAAGUUAUGGUGUAACUUGCAUGAGUCUUGGAACUUGCAAAUUAACUUGCCUAACAAGGAAAAAACGAAGGUAAGUAAAAGGGAUACAUAUAAUUCCCCUUCUGAUGUAUUGUUUCUAUUUGUUAAUUUGGAAUCCCCUAAUCUUACAUAUGUUAAAUGUGUGGGUUGGGCAGUGAUUGUUGAAUUGAGAUCAAUUAAUUGUUGAAUUGAUUCAAUUGCUACCCUUAUAUUAAUCUCUCUUGUAAUGAUAAUUCAAGUUUUCAU